AAAUCACAUAUGACAAUCCAAACUCAGAUCAGAUAUUUCAAAAUUAAUUCCCUAUGUCCAAACACGACUUAACCUCAAAAUCUCCAGAUCAAAUCUCUUAUAAACUAACUGUGUUCUAAGACAAGAAAAUAGGGAGAAAUCCCCAAGCUUUGCCGGAUUUCCGACCGAAAAUGGGUGGCGGUGACGGGGUGGGCUCGUCGAGUGCAGAGGGUCGAGGGAGAAGAAGAGCAAGGCACGCGGGUCUGAUGAGGAAGGAAAGAAAGAAGAAAAAGAAAGAAAAAAAAAGAAAAGUUUGGGAAGAACCUAAAGGUUUAAAGGCUUUCAUAAGAUUUGAGAUGCAAUUGCAGUAAGUUGCUUGUGCUUCUUUCUUCACUUGUCUUCUCUCUUCAUGGUGAAUGCCUCUAUUUAUAUAGGCAAAUGAAGGAGUCAUCUUCGAGGGAAUAUCUCAAUAUAUUUUAAUUAAGUUA